AUGAAUAACCUUCCUCCUCUCAGUCCGGCCGUAGAAACAUACAUCUGUUGGUUAAUUGAUAAUCAACCCGAGGCUUUGCAAGUAUGCAACAUAGGAGACUUGGCCAUGAUGUAUGCUGAGGAAUGUGGUAUGGAGGCCUCACCGACAUUUGUUCAAAACUUUUAUGAAGCCUGCCUGAGGUUUCUCAGUCGCCUUAAAAAGUCUGCGGAACCUCUGAAAGUUUCGAAGGUACCAAACAACAAUUUACACACUAAUGUUCUUGUUGACUCUCUCAAAGAACUCCAUGUGCUUGAACCGUCUCAAAAUAACCCCAAUGAAACGCUAAUGGACCACAACAAUCUGUCUGUACGGAGUCGGCGUUCUUCUGGUGAUGCACAACCGAUCUCCAGGGUCAGUUGGUUACUCGUUUUUUCGCUUUCGAAUUUUCGGUCGGUGUUUCUUAUCCUCAGCGAGAUUUAUUCCGCAGUUUUUUUUAACAUAAGGGUCUUGUGUGGUGCGCGGUGCGUUAGGUUACAGUCCAUUACUAGACCGCAAAGAAAAUUUUCACACAGGUUUCAAUGGCAAGCAAAUAAAAAAUCAAAAACCGACAGAGGGAUAUGCUUGCGUAAAGCAAACAGUUCCUAA